CCCAUUUUAGGCUUGCGCUGCAGCCGUUAAGGCGGGAACCGGCGCGAUCUCUACUCCAGCGCAAGCCUCACCAACCACCGUGCGCGCGGAACUGCAGGCUCGCGCUGGCGGCCUGAGAGCUCGCGCCGAGCCCGGAUACUGCGCCUGCGCCGCAGUGGAGACUCGUCUCUACCGGGUCCGCUCCUCUCCGAUAACCCGGCAACGCCGACUCCUCACCCCUUUGAGCCGCUUGACCAGGGUGCUCUUCUGCCCGCUCUUGGCUAGGCCUCGCUGCUCCAGUGCGGCCUUCAGGUCGGUCACCCGCAGUGCCUGAAGAGGCUUCCCGUCCAGAGUCACCUCCUCCAGCUCCGCCAUCUUGCGUGAGGUACUCGGGUCCGUCCCGACGGCUUCGGGCAUCUUCGGUAAUUUCCGCCAACGCCCUUCGAACGUACUGAGCUGACCCCGCCCACUGCUAGAGCCUACCCCUGGAUUACCACUCAGAACUCCCGGGUUCCUCCGGAAUUGUUCGGGUGUUUCCGAUGCCGCAUCGCCACCAAUCCAUUCUUUCCAUCCGCCCUGCGACUCCACCUUUUUCGCUUGUUUUCAGACUCGGUUAUCUUCGUCUUGCCGAGGCUUUGAAUCGGACCUAUCCGGAAUUUCUCGCCUCUAGUAUAAGCGUAAUCGGUACUAUUCGGCUAUCUCCGGACCUGGCGCGGAGGUGCUGGGGCGCUAGGGUGUUUGGGACUGGUCCGAGGCCGGAAGUACGUGGGCUGCCGGCUGGCUCUGUUUAAGGUUUUCAGGAAACAUGGAAGUUGUGGCAAUGGUUGGAGUCGAAAGGCUCUUGUGAGGCUCUCCGAAGGCUGAAAGGAAAAGGGAGGAUGCCACUGGAAUCACCUUCCUCUUCAGUGCCACUAUCCUUCUCUUCUGUGUUACCCUCAGUACCAGACACUAUUACCAGUUCUUCCCUUCCUCCAAUGUCUUACAUCACUUCCCAGGAGAUGAAGUGUAUUAUUCACUGGUUUGCCAGUUGGUCAGGUUCUCAACGUGAACGUUUUCUGCAAGACUUGGUAGCUAAAGCAGUGCCAGGAAAAUUACAGCCACUGCUGGAGAGUCUGGAGCAGCUUAGUGUAUCUGGACCAAACCGACCACCUUGUAUCUUUGAGUGCCAGCUGCGUCUCUGGGAUCAGUGGUUUCGAGGUUGGGCUGAGCAGGAGCGUAAUGAAUUUGUGAGACAACUGGAAGUCAGUGACCCAGACUUCGUGGCAAAAUUUUACCAAGCAGUGGCUGCUACAGCCGGUAAAGAUUGAUAGGCAUUCAAAUUCAGGAAUAAAACUACAGCUGAUGGAGCUGAGGUCAUGACUCUACAGUGAGAACUCAGUUCAUAUGUGUCAAAUAUUUGGGUGUAGGGGCUGGGGAUUUAGCUCAGCAGUUAGGUGGCUUGCCUUGCAAGUGAAAGGACCUGAGUUCAAUCCCCGGUACCCCCCGACAAAAAAAAAAAUGCUUCUGCACUGCAAAUAUUCGGGUGUGAUAUCCCAGUGAGCUGCCUGAACUUCCUGGAGAACACAGACAUAUUUAUUUCAACUUUAUCAGCGUGUCAACUGGACUCUAUAAAUCUUAUCCAUCUAAGCAAAUCCAGAUCAUGCCAGUCUCCUAGUUUGUUUUCCUAGAGAUGUCAAAAUCUCAAGAAUGUAAUGGCUUUUGAAACAAUAACCAAAAAGAAAACUACGUUAUAUAUAUAACUCAAGCCUACUGCUGGCCUAGGUAAAGAACUGCUCCAGAAACAGGAAAAAAUAAUAAAAGGCAUUUUUAUCAUGUAGCUGAAUUCUGGUUUUAUCACCCUUAGCCAGAGUCUAGCAUAAUUAUGUGACAAUCGCAAUCCAGUUAUGAUUUAGUAAAAUUAUGGAAAAUUAAUAGAGAUAGUUACUUCCUUCACACUGUUUGACUUGCAGUGAAAAAUAAAAAUA